AUGACAAAGUUCGCAUGCACAAUCCCAGAGCGACGGAGCCGUCGCGGACGCCUUACCACCCUUUCGUGUGAUGUCUACAAUUUGAUCGUGGACGAAUUCCAAUACCAGCCGGAGGAGACAUCGAUCUGGGUCUAUAAAUCCACAUUGGCAAGCUGGGCCCUCGUAUGCCGCUUCUUCCACCACCUCGCCACGCCAAAGCUGUUCGAGGUGUUCACCUUCGAGAAAGAGCAAGGAGACAAGGAUGACCCUCAGCUUGAGCAGUGGAUCAUGGAGCUUAACCGCGGCAACGAUGUCGCUCACGCCCUAGCACCCAAGGUCAAGCACCUCACCUUCAUGAAUUGGAAGGAAGAGUACAUGGCCCAGAAAUUCAAAUUUUCCCAGCGACGCCUGGCGUCCUUGACGUCGGCGCUCCGAUACUUCACCAACACAGUGAACAUCACGCUCUUGAAUUCUCCGAUAGACGUCCGACUCUUCACUGCCAUCGCGACUCUGCCUAACCUACAGACCCUGUGCAUUAGAAACUGCGAGUUCCAGGAGCUUCGAAAGCCUGUCGUCCUUCCUGCGGAUGGAAUUCCUGGCUUGAAAGCCCUGGAAGUCUUGGAAGUCGACUACGCCGAGGAAUACAUCCCAGCAAUCAUUUCCAUGGCGGCCACGCCGUCGCUGCGGUCGCUCGUGACGACUGAGUGGAAGAUCGCCAAGGGCAUCAUGAAGCAGGAUGUGAACAUCCCGCUGGAGAAGCUCGAGGUUCCGCUUCAACCCAGGGGUGUCGCCAUUGUCUCGACUUUCCUUGAUCGCACGCCUUCGAUUCACGAUCUUUCGCUCGUCGACAUUUUGCAGGAUAAUCGCACCCCCGAAGGUCACGAGGAAAUCCGUCGAAUCACCUUAAAGCUGAAGCAGUCGUCUUUACCAAGGUUGAAGAAGCUGAAGUGCCCGACGCACCUCUUCCCAUCCUUGUGGCGAAGCAGACCGAUCUCGACCUUAAGCCUAAUGGAGCCAAGGGAUUGGAUUCCACUCUCUACGAGGAUGCGGAAGGAAGAGGGGCAGCCACCAUCCUAUCCUUUUGAAGACCUCGCUAGGGAUUCCACAUUGCAUGAGCUAGAAAUUCCUCUAGAGCUAUACGCUCUGUAUCCUCUAGCAGAAUUUUUCCCCCCGCUGGAUAGACUGUCGAUCUGUUUUCCCGUGCACGUUAGCCCCAAGAAUCCAAACGGCUUCCAAAUUGUGUGUGGCCUGAGGAAACCAAAGAUGACCGUGCGCUACCUGCAGUUGUACUUCUUCGGAUUAUACGAGGCAGGAUAUGCUUUCGACCUCGUUCAGCAACACAGCAUAAUCGUAACAUACCUGGCAAAGGAAUUUCCGACUGCUACGUGUAUCUCCAUGGUCGAAUCGCUGGAGUGGCACCGAAGCGAGCACGGGGACAAGUGGACCCCCAUCAUGCGUCAAUGUGAAUAUUUCAGGAGGCUGCUGGUGGUGUGCCAAGAGCUGUGGAAAAGCAAUAUGAGCGCGGUGCGGGAUUUUGACGGACUACUUACCGAGACAUUCCAGGACGAUCCAGAGGCGAAUGCGAUGCUCCAGGCGAUGCUCGGAAAAGAUUGCCUGCCUGUGACCCUGUUCUCUCACUGA